AUGUCGACGUCCCUCUUCGUCUCCUCGCGUCGCAUAGCCUCCCAGAUCCCAGGCUUCACAUCUCGCGCCGGGCGUGCAUUCUCCACCACUCCUCAAUCCCAGCUCGCGCGCAUGACGCUGGUCGGCCGUCUAGGAACGGACCCGGAAAUCAGCGAGACCCGGACGGGCCAUGUGAUCAAAUACGUGGUCGGGAGCAGUUCGGGACCGAGGGAUAAUCGCCAGACCUCGUGGUAUAGGGUGGCUGCGUUUCCGCCGGAGGGGCCGCAGAGGGAGUUUGUGAUGGGGUUGAGUAAAGGAACACUUGUCUACCUGGAGAGUGAUGCGACGAUGCGCACGUAUGAGGAUGCCGACGGGAAGAAGCAGACUUCGUUGAAUCUGGUGCAGACGCGGUUGGAGGUGUUGAAGAGACCGCAGCCGAGAGAAGAUGAUGGGUCAUCGGGCUUGUCGGGGGCUUAA